UCAUACGGCAGUGACUCACCUUACUUGGAGCCAAGUCUGCUUUCUCCGACGAGUCACUUUUUUUUAUUAUUAUUUCUCCUCCUUCCAGGUUCUACACGCUACAAAUAUGUCAGUUGAGCUCCUCCAAUAUAAUCAAACCAACAGCGCCAUGGCCGCCUCGAGCUUUGGUGCCCGUCUUGUCGCCCUCUUCUUGUUCAGCGCCUGCUGCCAACACCAUGGCCUCCUCGCCCCCAGCACACCUGCGCCCUCCGACGCCACUCUCGGCCGGCCACUCCCUGCAUCUCAUGUCCAUCACGACGGCGUUGUCAAUGUCAACUCAACGUCCACUACCGCAAAAGAAGACGCCGCCCCAUCCGUGAGCUUCUUCGACCGAUCACCGCCCCCGUCAUGGAGCAAGGCCAAGUUCAGUUGGCCGGACACUGGAAGCAGCUUCAGUCCGAGCAAGCUUCCUAAGAACAAAAGCGGCGGCGUCAGCGACCUCUUUGUCAUGGACCUUUCCAGCAACAAUCCCACAAGCCACGCGGACAGACAGGGCAGAGCUUCCGUGGAUUCUAACGGGAACGCCACGGAGCCGACGCGUCAGCGCCAGCAGGAGCCACCUCUCGCUCCUAGAAGGAACAGCAAGAGCGGCAGCGCCUCGCCUAAAGCAAGGAAACCACUGUGUUUUUACCGUCGGAAGGCGAGUUUGCUGCAUGAUCGGAUUGAGUGUAGUGGUGCAGUAAUCGUCGUGGUCGCCGGCGCCGCGCUGCUCGUCUUGCUCUGCUCCGUCGCAGUUGCCGGACUGCUCGUGCGGUGCGUGCACAGGAAGCGACGAGGGGAGAGUGAGAUCUCCGGCGCAGCUGCGGAUCCAGAGGAUGACGACGACAGGGAUCUGGACAGGCCAGCAGCCCGACGACCUGGCUUACUCCGGCCACCAGCUGGGCCUCGACGGUACAGCUACGGCACGCUCGCCGCGGCGACGAGCAAUUUCGCGGAGCGUAAGAGGAUCGGGCGAGGCGGGUUCGGUUCGGUGUACCGCGGGCACCUCGGCGACCAGGACCGCCAUGUCGCGGUCAAGACGUUCUCAGCGGCCGGAUCGCCGGAGCAAGGGAGGAGGGAGUUCGAGGCCGAGGUCCUGGUCAUGAGCCAGCUCCACCAUCGCAACGUAGUCCAGCUCGUUGGCUGGUCCGAUGGCCACAAAGGGCUCUUGCUUGUCUACGAGCUCGUGCCAGGUGGCAACCUUCAUAAGCAGCUUCAUGAUCCUGACAGGCUUCUAACAUGGCCCGAGAGGUACAAGAUCGCGCUUGACCUGGGCGCCGCCGUACUCUACCUCCACACGGGGUCCGACCAGUGCGUGGUGCACGGUGACAUCAAGCCGAGCAACGUGCUGCUCGACUCGUCCGGCAACGCCAAGCUCGGCGACUUCGGCCUAGCGAGGCUCGUCGAUCACGGAGCCGAGCCGCGCACAACACAGGUCGUCGCGGGGACCUUGGGAUAUAUAGACCCAGAGUUCAUCGGCGACCAGAGGCGCGGCGCCGAGUCGGACGUCUACAGCUUCGGCGUCGUGCUCCUUGAGAUCGCCAGCGGCCGCCAGCCGACCUCUUCAGGGGCAGGGCAGCCAAGGAAAGAACUGCUGAACCAAGUCCGCCGCAUGUAUGACGGCAACGCUAUCGUCGACGCGGCGGACGGAAGGCUGGGUGGCGCGUUCGUCGAGCGGCAGAUGGAGCGGGUGCUCGUCACUGGCCUCUGGUGCGCGGACCGUGACCGGAGCCAGCGGCCGUCCAUUUCGGAAGCCAUGGACGUUUUGCGGGGCGCGAAAUCGGAGCUGCCGGUCCUACCAGCGGUUGGUCCGCACUGUGGAUGUGGGGAGAUCUGUGUCCUGGAGGAACAUGCCCACGGCGACUUGUCGACGGAGGACGGGGACGAUGGGUCGACGAUUUCAUCUGCUUCCACCACAUACCUUUCUCUUUCUCUUGAUCGAGGACUCGAAAUAUCUACACGCACAUGAAUGUUUUGGUUAACUAAGUAGACAAGAAACAUGUAUAUGUAUGUCUCUCUUGCAUGCCUUUUAUUAGGUAAAACCGUUCACAAUGAAAAUCAUGGAAAAAGGAUGAAAACA